AUGGAGAAUCCUUCUGAGGUAGUUGGUUCCAAAGGGUUGAUUAGAAAGCAUGAAUUUGUGAGGGUCAUAAUUCAAUCUCUAUAUUCAUUAGGAUACAAUAACACUGCAUCAUGCUUGGAGUCCGAAUCUGGCAUUUCAUACAAAUCCACAGAAUUUCAGAUGAUUGAAUCACAUAUACUGAAUGGGAAUUGGAGUGAUUGCAUUGAUUAUCUUAAUUCUUUGAAGGAUGUAUUGGGUGAAACUAUUGAAUGUGUGAUGUUUCUUGUAUUGAAACAGCUUGUUGUGGAGUAUAUGAAUCGGGGUGAGGAUACUUUAGCUUUAGGUGUGUUACAGAAAGAGGUUUCAGUCUCGGAUGUUGACAAGUACAUCCUUGUAAAUAGCAUAAUUUCAUCGAAGGAUAGGAAGUUAGGUGCAAUUGAUGACAACGGUGUACAAGAUUUGCGAAGAAAGUUAUUAAAAGAUUUGGAAAAUUUGUUGGCUCCACCCAUUUCAUUGCCUGGAGCCAGGCUGGAGUACUUAGUUGAAAGUACUGUUGCAUUCUGGAUUGAUUCCUGUACAUAUCAUAGUUCAUCGAAUCCAAUUUCACUCUACGAGGAUCAUCGCUGUAGCAGGGAUCAUAUUCCUACUACAACGACUCAGAUAUUGACUGCACAUACAAAUGAAGUUUGGGUUGUACAAUUUUCUAAUAGAGGGAUGUACCUGGCCUCUUCAUCCAAUGAUUGCACAGCCAUCAUAUGGGAGAUGCUGGAGGAUUGGAAAUUCAAAUUGAAACACACACUUUCUGGUCACCGACUUGCGGUAUCUUAUGUAGCAUGGAGUCCUGAUGACACUAAAUUGCUUACAUGUGGGAACCUAGAAGUUUUGAAACUGUGGGAUGUUGAAACAGGUACGUGCAUGCACACAUUUGGGAGUGAAAGCUUUGGUGUGAACUCUUGUGCCUGGUUUCCCGACUCAAAACACUUCAUGGGUGGCAGUUCUCACAAUGAAAGGGGCAUUUGCGUGUGGAAUUGUGAUGGAAAAGAGGUCAGUGCAUGGAAAGGAAGGAGGAAGCCCAAGGUUGUAGAUGUUGCUAUUACUCCGGAUGGUGGGUAUCUUAUCAGCAUAUUCGUGGAUCUACAAAUUCGGAUUCUGCAUGUACCAACCAAAACUGAGCGAGUCAUUGAAGAGGAUUAUGCAAUGGCAUCCCUUUCACUUUCAGGAGAUGGUAAGUUCCUCAUUGUCAAUCUAAGCAGCCAGGAGAUUCACAUGUGGGAUGUGGCCGGGAAAUGGGAUAAGCCCAUGAAGUUUAUGGGUCACAAGCAACAAAGAUUUGCGAUAAGGUCUUGCUUUGGUGGAUUCAAUAACUCAUUUAUUGCCAGUGGUAGUGAGAACUCACAGGUAUACAUUUGGAACUGGCGGCACUCCAAUCCUAUAGAGAUUUUAUGUGGGCACUCCGCGAUUGUAAACUGUGUGAGCUGGAACCCCAAAAUUCCACACAUGUUGGCGUCUGCAAGUGAUGAUCAUACGAUUCGUAUAUGGGGACCCAGCUCAGCUUCUGAUAAACAAGAAGGCAAACCCAGCUCAGCUUCUGAUAAACAAGAAGGCAAAUUGAGUGAUUAG